AUGGACGCGUCUCUUCUUAUACCUAUCAUUUUAUAUUUUAUUGAUAUGGUGUACGCAUCUCUUUCGUAUAAACUGAACGAUGGCAAUGAGAUACCAGCGAUAGCACUUGGUACAAGUCUGGGGCACUUGGCUGAUGGUACCAGAGUGUUGUCAGUGAACCACUCGCUGGCUCAGGCCGUCCAAGAAGCACUAACGGCAGGUUAUAAACACAUUGAUACGGCAUCUUUAUACAGAGUUGAGGACGAAGUGGGACUUGGAAUACGUUGGUAUUUAAACGAUACAAAUAAAAGACAGAAUAUUUACGUCACUACUAAGAACACUUAA